AUGGAGAAAUCGCUACAGGCAAUAGAUUUCAAACAAACAGCAUGGAAGAGUUGUAAUUAUUGUAGUAAUUACUUUUUUAAAACACCAAGAGAAUUUAUAAGGCAUCUUCGUGAUAAACAUUGUAGUGUUGAAGGAGGCUCAUUUGUAUGUCAAUAUGGGUACAAUGGAGUUUGUUCCUCAUUGCCACUUGAUGGCGUUUCCGAUGAAGAUUAUGAAGCUCAUCUUGAAAAAUAUCACGUUAGUCAGUCAAUGAAGGAGGUUGAAGAUAAAUGGAAUAUAUUUUCUGCCGCUCAAAAUCUCCCAUCUGUACUUUAUGAUCCGGCAAAAGGACGUCAAUCAAAUAUUUUUACGAAAAAAUGGGGCGAUAGCUUUACAGAUAGACAACCAAUUUUAGCCUCGCCACACCUACCAAAAAUUGAUUGGACUCACUUUGAGGUUUAUUGUAGAAAAGUCGGUAAACGUUUUCGUAGACAUACAAAAAUUAAUAGCACACAGCAACAACAGCAACAGAUCCAAAAUCACCAGAAUCAUAAUCAGUCAUUUCAAUUAAGACAGCAAAAUGAUCACACACCAAGCUCAUUAUCACCUUCGUCGUCGAUAUCUAGUCUUCAAAUUCUUGAAAAUUCACAUUUCCGAAAUAUUGAUGAACGACUGCUCAACGAAGCAACAAUUAGAGACAUACCUCAAAUAUUCCUUAAACCCGAUCUAGAUUUUAGCAAGCCAGAAACAUUUUCACUAGUCUUUCAUGGACUCAAUAUAAUUAAUUCGGAUGCAGAACAUGAGGAUUUGCAAGAGAAACUAAGUCACUAUUUAGAUAUUGUUGAAAUUCAAAUAGCAAAGCAAGUAUCGCAAAAAUCGUCAUCAUUUUUUCAUGCUAUGACAUCACAAGAUGCGAUAAUGGAGGAAAUGUCAAAAGCAACAGUAAAUGUUAAGAAGUUAAGGGAGAAAUUGAGGCAUGUUGAUGAUACGCUCGUUCGGCAAUCACUUAACAUCAUUAAUUGUGAACGAGUCAAAACGAAUAAGCAGAUGGUCUUGGAGAAAUUAAAAUUAAUGGCAACCGUUCAUCAAACACAACCUAUGAUACAAGUCUUACUCGGUACACAGGAUUAUGUUGCAGCACUAGAUUUAAUUAGCACAACUCAAGAAAUUCUUGCUCAAGAAUUGUCAACAAUUCAUUGUUUUCGUCACUUACCACAUGAGUUAAAAGAGCUUGAGAAAAUUAUCGAUAAGAUGUUAAUGACGGAAUUUGAAAAAUAUACAACGUCAGAUCUGAACCGACCCCUCCUUGAAACAGAUAGUCGCGUGCUGGAUGAGGAUAAACUUAUAUCGAUAAUUAGUGGAUUGUUGCGGAAGAAAAAUUUCUCAUUUAUUGAUCUUUACAAAGAUGAAGCGAUAAUGACAAUAAGGGCAUUAAUAAAGCAACUUGUUAUUGAAGUAAUUGCAACGUCAGAUGCCGAAAUUUGCCUAACCGGUUCCGGUGAAGAGGCACAAAGUCUCUCGCUGCAAGAAUGGAUUUUAUUAUUAGAUACAGCAACGAUUUCCUUAUUAAAAUUAUUAAAACGAAUUCGAUUAAUUCAUGAUGUUAUGCUUCAUGUGACUGAUUCAAGUGCUGGAAAGGGCAUGGAAGAGGAACUAGCUUAUUUAAAUGAUUCCGAGACAUUUUUAUCGAUGACUGAUCAUAAUUGUAUUGAGACUAAGCUCACAAAUAUGUUGCAAUCUGUUGGUAAUUACUGUCAUGAACGAUGUGCAAAUUUAGUGUCAAAUCACAGUUUAGAGCAAUAUUCUGGAUCGUUAGACGAGAUGGAAAAACUAUCGCAAAUUGUCGAAGAAUUUUGUAGUGGAUGUGAAGAAGUAAUUGGAAUUAAAUCGAUUCCACUUAUGACGGCACUUAAGGCACAAGGAAAUCGAUUUUCUCAAAAAUUCCAUGCCGAAAGAAAAUCAAAAUUAAAUUUAUUAUUGGACAACGAACGAUGGAAGUCAGCAGAAGUGCCGGGUGAAAUUCAAAAAAUGGUAAAUCACAUCGCUAAAGGUGAUUUUAUGUGGACGAAGCUGGAUGAUCAUUUUAAUGGUCCAUCAAUUGUGACACCAAUGUUAAUGGUCGAUAAUGAGCCUUACGCACUUGUUGGAUCAGCUUUAAUUCUCAUAAAAAUAGUCUCAGAAUAUUGUCGUUGUGCAUCACAUUUACCAAUAAUUGCAUCUCAAAUGAGUCGAAAUGUUGUGGACCUGCUGAGGACAUUCAACUCAAAAUGUUGUCAACUUGUUUUAGGCGCCGGAGCUGUUCAUGUUGCAGGAUUAAAAAUGAUUACGAUCAGUAAUUUGGCACUUGUAUCAAGAGCAUUACAACUUGUUUUAUGGCUCAUGCCACAUAUUAAAAAUCAUUUCCUUAAACUUGAUCAGAAUGGAAGCAGCACAGGAAACUUGAUGGGAUGGACGACAGUUGAGAAGGAUUUCAUUAGUCACAUAAAAGAAGUUGAGCUUAAAAUGUUAUCAAUUGUAGGUCAGUUAGUAAAUUCACAAUUAAAUAAUUGGGAAGCACGUCCACCGAUUCCAUCGCAAAGCUUUCGAAAUAUCUCGAGACAUUUUGUUAAACUUCAUGAAGCAAUCGCUCAAGUUUUACCGACUGAACAAAUACACGGAGUUUUUAGGAUCGUUCAUAAAAAUUUUAAGGAUAAAUUAAGAGAACAAUUAGUGAGAAACAAUAUUGUUAAUAACGGGACACCGCAACACGGCACAGUUAUAUCGGAAUUAACAUUUUAUUUGGAGACCUUAAGGACACUUAAAGCAAUGCCUGCAAAUGAGUUGAGUGAUGAGACAAUGGAGGAUAUUUGGAUUAAAUUUUAA